GGGCCUGCUAACCCCUUGGAGGAGGAGAUGGAGGAGGAGCUGGGGCUGGAGCUGGGCGUGUCUCCGUCGCCGUCACGCAUCGGCAGCGCCCACUCCUGCUCCUCCCUCCUCCGCCUUGAACAGGAGGCCAAGCGCAAGAAGCGGGCGCAGCAGCAGCGCAAGGCCGCCGACAUCAUGCCGGUAGGGCGAAGCAGUGAUGACGUGCUGGAUCUGACCAAGUACACAAAAAACCAGCCAUGGUGGCGCAAGCUCUUUGCACCCAACUCAGGGUCCAGUGCAGAGAAGUACAACGUAGCAACCCAGCUGGCAAUCGGAGGCGCCACUGGAUGGUGCACUGGCUUCAUCUUCCAGAAGGUUGGGAAACUGGCGGCGACUGCUGUGGGAGGUGGCUUCUUCCUGCUUCAGCUUGCAAACCACACAGGCUACAUCAAAGUGGACUGGCAGAUGGUUGAGCGGGAUGUGAGCAAAGCCAAAGAACAGCUGAAGUUUCGUGGGAGCACCACCAAUCAGCUGACACCAGAAGUGAAGAGCAAAAUGGAUGAGGUGAUCUCCUUUCUGAAGAAGAAUGUUCUACUGACUGGAGGGUUUGUUGGAGGGUUUCUGCUUGGCAUGGCUUCUUAGGAGCCUCCUCUGAUCUGGCUCCUGUGCUGCUGCUGUUGCUGCCACCGCCAUCUCCUACUCAGUAAUCGUUCGUUUUCUCCAUUGCUGAACUUGUCCGCUGGAACAUUCUGACAUCUCUCUGUAUGCACCUUAUGACCUCCAGAAACACUGCCACAAGCUCCUUUUGCUCCUCUCCUUUUUUCAUUUGAUUGAUUGGUGAUUGAGAGGUAGCAUUAGGCUGAAGGCUGUUUGCUGUGAGGCUGAUUCCUACCCCUGCCUGAUAUCUCAGGUUUUGUAUAAUCACCCCCAAAUUAUUUUCCAGUGGGAAAACAUGCACAAAAUGUUAUGAUAGUACCCUGCAGGGGAGCACCCAACUCCCUUGUAGGCACCUUCUCAUUGUGUUGUACCCCCUGGGUGGCAAAGAGUACAGCCUGUGCUUUGGAGAGCACAGAAGCUCAGCAGCCUAAGGAAAGGGUGUGCCAGGCCAUGUCCCAAAAUAACUUGCAUCUAGUUUUGGCUUAUUCUUCCCUGGACAGGCUCUGAAUACUGCUUCCUAGAAAUGCCCGCAGAAGAGAGAAACAGGUCUUCCUGACACCUCCCAAACUUUUAUUUUUACCUCUUGCUGAAGCCACAGAGCUGGAAUGAUCUGUGGAAACUCUGACUGCUGCGUGGGAUUUCUGCCACCCUCUCCUGCUGAAGGAGGCCUGAAAAGCUUGUAGUGGGUGGGGUGAACCCUCUUCCCAGAAUAUGUAUUUUGAACACUCACUUGAUGAUGCUUCAACUAAACUUUGCUCUUGGUGGUAGAAUGGCUAAAAUAAUGACCGGAGUUGGAAAACUUUCUACAUGACUCACGCCAUUGGUAGCAAAAGUUACUGGAUUAUAGGGAUGGAAUGCUGUGUUUUGCUGCUGGAGCCUCCUGCUCUGUCUUUUAUGGACCUCCAGCUCCCUGAAAUGUAUGUAGGAAGAGCUGGGCAUGGUCUGCUGUUGCUGUAAACCAGCCUUCUCCAACCUGGUGCCCUCCAGAUAUUUUGGUCUUUUGGUGCCCUCAGCCAGCAUAGCCAAGGGGAGUUGUAGUCCAAAAUAUCUGCAUGGCACCACUCUGGGGAAAGUUUUUCUAGAUCAUGAGUGCUGCAUGAGAGAUGUGACUCUUGCCCCCCAAACUGAAGAUGGAGAAGUAAUGGUUGGAUUAUAUUGACAGAAGUUGGUUUAUCUCUGCAUGAGUUGCAUUCUGGACAGAAGCCUGCACUUUUCAUAUCUGCUCCAGGAGCACUUAAAGCUGAUUUUCUAAUACGUGGUUUUUUCCCCUCCUGCAGUCCCUACCUGUCUGUUACAAUAUACAUGUAAAAAUUAAAAUGAUAUCCUGA